AAUUUACACUCCAGGCAGCAGGUGGCACUAACGUGCACCAUGCGGUGAGAAAAAAAUCAAAAUAGAAAAAUAAAAACCACUGACGAAGACCACCAGGAACUUGAAGACUUCGAGGAGAAGCAAGCAAGCCAAAUAUUGCAUUACGGGCGACGUGCUCAACUUUGUCUGAUUUGCCGUUUCUCUUUGUGGAGGAGAUGGGAGACAGCGACGACGAGUACGAUCGCAGAAGAAGGGACAAAUUCAGACGGGAAAGGAGUGACUACGACCGUUCCAGAGAGAGAGAAGACAGACAUCGGGAUGAGUGGAAUGACAGAGAGUGGGAUAGGGGCAGGGAACGGAGAAGCCGCGGAGAGUACCGGGACUACGACAGAGGACGCAGGGAGAGAUUCACCCCUCCCAGACACGACAUGAGUCCCCAGCAGAAGCGCAUGAGAAGAGAUUGGGAUGACCAUGGCGGAGAUCCCUACCGUGGCGGGUACGACAUGGGUUACGGGGGCGGGGGGCCUAGUUACGGUCCCCCGCAGCAGUGGGGCCACCCGGACUUGCACCUCAUGCAGCCACAUCACGGUAUUCCCAUUCAAGCAAGGCUGGGGAACAUCCAUGAAAUGGACUUUGGUCCACCCCCUCCGAUCCUGAAGAGCUUUAAGGAGUUCCUGAUUUCCCUGGAUGAUUCCGUGGAUGAGACUGAAGCGGUCAAGCGCUACAACGACUACAAGAUCGACUUCCGCCGGCAACAGAUGCAGGACUUCUUUUUGGCUCAUAAAGAUGAAGAGUGGUUCAGGUCCAAGUACCACCCGGAAGAGGCCAGUCGUCUUAAGUCGGAGGCAUUGAGAGCCCUGAAGAACCGCCUGAAUGUCUUCAUGUUUCUGAUGGAGAACGGGUGGUUCGAUAACCUCUCUUUAGACAUUGAACAGACGCCAGCAAUCAUCAAGGUGCUGGAUGCGGCUGUGAUAAAGAUGGAAGGAGGGACGGACCAUGAUCUUCGCAUCUUGGAAUUGCCUUCUGAGGAGGAGGAGGAAAGGGAAAAGUCGGCAUUUGGUGGAGCGGAACCUCCCAAGAACGAGCAUCACAAGAACGCUGACGGAGACUGCAAGCCCUCAGUAGCAAAAGACAAGAAUGAGAAAGAUGAGAACGAGUCCGUCUCCACUGAGAGGAUUGCCGCAGGAGGGGAUGAUGUCAAAAAGGAGGCUGAGAAAGAAGCAGCCAAAGAAGAAAAAGCUGAACCCAAGAAGCCGAGGAGAAAGAGGAAGCGCAGCGGAGACAGCGACGACGAAGCCAGCGCUUCUGAAAGCGACUCUGACUCUGAAUCUGAUUCAAACUCUGUCUGCUCUGAAAAGUCUGUGAAGAAAGAAGAGGUGGAAGACAAGGAGGAGGAAGGUGAAGAGGAGCAACCGAAGCAGAAUGCUGAAGAGGAGGAGGAGGAAGAGGAAAAAGUGGAGAAAAAGGUUAAAGAUGACACUCCUAAACCGCGGCCUCUCCACAAGACUUGCUCUCUCUUCAUGAGGAGCAUCGCUCCCACCAUUUCCAAGGCUGAGAUUAUAGCUCUGUGUCGCCGCUACCCUGGUUUCCUGCGCGUCUGCUUGGCUGACCCCCAUCCAGAGCGCAGGUUUUACAGACGCUGCUGGGUAACCUUUGACCGCAGCGUCAACAUCAAAGAGGUCUGCUGGAAUCUUCAAAACAUUCGCCCGCGUGACUGUGAGUUGGCACCCAGUGUGAACAGGGACCUGGCGCGGCGGGUGCGCAAUGUGAACGGCAUCACUCAGCACAAGCAGGUGAUUCGGAACGACAUCAAAAUGGCCGCCAAGCUCAUUCACUCCCUGGACGAGAAAGGAGUCAUGUGGUGCAACCCGGCCCAGGACGAAGGCCAAAGCGCAGAAAAGACUCAAAAUCCCAUCUUGAAGAAUAUCACUGAUUACCUGAUAGAGGAGGUGAGCGCUGAGGAGGAGGAGCUCCUGGGCUCCUCUGGUGGGAUGGAUCAAGAAGAGAAUGCCAAGGAGGGGCACUCAACGGAGAUGACUGUGGAGAAGGAUGAGAAACUUGCCAAGGUUUUGGACCAUUUGAUUCUGUAUCUGCGCAUUGUGCAUUCCAUCGAUUACUACAACGCCUGUGAAUACCCGAGUGAGGACGAGAUGCCCAACCGCUGCGGCAUGAUCCACGUCCGUGGACCGGUGCCGCCGAACCGUAUAUCGCACGGAGAAGUGCAACAAUGGCAGAAGGUGUUGGAGGAGAAGCUGAGUGCUUUAUAUAGUACCAAGGAAACCUUGUCUGAGGAAGAGGCGGUAAAGAUGGGCCGCAAAGACCCCGCUGAGGAGGUGGAGAAGUUUAUUUCUGCCAACACGCAGGAGCUCGGGAAGGACAAGUGGCUCUGCCCUCUUAGCGGCAAGAAGUUUAAGGGUCCAGAGUUUGUGAGGAAACACAUCCUGAACAAACACGGGGACAAAAUUGAAGAGGUGAAAAAGGAGGUGGUGUUUUUCAACAAUUUCCUGAUGGAUGCCAAGAGGCCUUCUCUGCCGGAGAUGAAACUUCCUCCUCUUCCAGCUCCGGGCCAAGGUUUGCUUUCUCCAAAUAUGCCGUUUUCUCCUCAAGGUCCCCAGAGUCCAAUGGGCUUUGUGCAGCCCCGCCCCCCACUUAUGGGCUAUGGUGGCGUACCUCCUUACCCUCCCAACCAUUUUGGAGGCGGGCGAGGAAACUACGACAACUUCCGUGGACAAGGCGGAUACCUCGGAAAGCCACGCAACAUCAGAAUGUCACGGGGCGAUCCACGAAACAUCAUUGAAUAUCGGGACCUGGAUGCCCCAGAUGAUAUGGACUUCUUUUAGAAGGAUCCCGUGGCCCCGUUAAUCCUCAUUUCUUGCCCAUAUGUACUGUAUUGUUUUUGUAGCAUUUCAUCUUCUCAUGAUUGUGCAAGUAUAACAAACAUCUGAUGUACACUUGUUUCAAUAAAGCUCUCCUUCCCUUAAA